GUAGCUCGAGAAAAUCAUUGCACGUACAAACUAAAACAUCGUUGGAAAUGUCCCCGCUCAUCGUUCCUUUUACAAUAAAUAACGGAAAUAUCAACAAUUUAAUACUCGAAGAUACCGAGCAUAUUAACACUAUCGCUGAGGCCACAGCGACUCAGAAACAUUAUACAACAGAGUUUUCCCAACAGAAGCUCAACGAUAUCCAUAGUCACCUAUGGUCAGCGGGCAAAAAAGACAAUAUCAAUGCCCUUCAUCAUCAAAAAGUCCUUUGCCGAGAAGUGAUUCUCUCUGAACGGUCUGACCUCCAUCUUGUUUGGUUUGACCGUAUCAUCUACGUCAAGCCACUGCCGAUCUGCCUUCUCGACCACAACUUCAUUGAUGCUAUUGUCCUUCCCGAUGCCGACCUCUAUAGCAAUAUCUUCGGCUUUCUGUACUCUUACACAAUGCUCAUUCAGCACACCUCUGAUCUCUCUCUCGCCCAUGAAUUAGGUCUCAUCCACAAAAAGAUUGAGUGGAAAUCGUGGAAAGAGUUUCGCACUACUUUUCAUAAUAACAUCUUGUCCAAUCGAGUUCCAAGAACGCUUAUGAACAAACGCUUUGAAUAUGGUGAACUUCGACUCACGCGUCUGAAUUAUAUAUACAGACUCUCAUUCCGCGGCUUGAAGUAUUUUACCACGCAUCGCGAGUACACAACUUAUUUACAAGAGUACACCGCAGCGGGCAUUACACUCUUCGCAUUUGUGACAGUAGCGCUUACUGCAAUGCAGGUGGUAGUCGGACUGAAUGAAGUUUCGCAGGCGUUGAUUGAAACAUCGUAUUGGUUUUCCAUUGUAGUUUUAUUUGUCGUAGCUAUUUUUAGCGUAGCAGUCUCAUUGAUCUUUAUUAUUUUGUUUCUUGUUAAUGCUACUUUAGCAAUUAAAAAUCUUUUUUCGUAUAGCUGGGGUAAUAUUUGAUCAUAGUAUAUGGUUGGCAAUGUAGAUAUUGUGCGCGUUGGUUGUGCUUAUUGUCGGAUUAAAAGGCUGGUGAUAGCAGAGAUGGUUAGAGGCAAUUGUGUGGUAUCGUUACUCGAUGUAUAAGGUUAAUCAACGAAACAAUAUAAGAAAUGAUAGACUCGUUUGACUCACUUGUGAAAUGCUGAUGUGCGUACCUCGACGUAUGGCAGCAGAAAACAGAUAAAUGAGAAUAUAAAUUUGUAGGUGGGCACAAGAGCAUUACA